AUGGAGCCGCAGUCGUUCAGCACCAUGGACAGCGGCCAGAGUGUUCCCUGGACUCAGCAGCCCAGGGAUUUGAGUGUUGAGCAGGUCUUAUCUGAGAUGCCCACACUGACCCGCUUUGGCCUUGGGGUCCCCCUCACCCACACCGGUGUCCUUUUGACCUGUUCCGAUGACUUCGAACGCUUGCUUCUUUGGGGGCUCAACCUCACACUUGAGGCUCAUCCUUCUCCCUCUGGAACUGACCUCUUCUCCAACGAACCUCUCCGGUUCCUGGGCUGGCAGAACUUGGAGACGGCCUCUCCAGCAAUGGUAACAAACGGCUCUCUAUUCCUGGACGCCAUCUUCCUGGUCCGGACCUCAGGUGCGGGUGUUCCCGUCCGGGCCUCGCGCUCCGGCCGCCGCGGCAGCUCUCCUCCAGGGAGCUUCCAGCGCCGGCGGGCUGCGGUUGCCUUCUCUGCCGCUUCCUCCCCGAUGUGCGGAUUUCGGGGUGUCCCUCGUCCACGCCACAGCCCGCCUCUACGCGGGCACCGGCCAGAUGGCAAGCGGCGAGGGGCCCCCGGCCGGCCUUGCGGGGUGCAGGGCCGGGCCGACGGGCAACCGGCUCUCCAUGGCUCCCGUUGCCGGCCUGGUACCUUCAGCCUUCUUAGCCUGCCCCUGUCAGAGGGGCGCCUGACCAGUUCCACCUCACUGCUGGCCAGGCUUGUGCAGGCGCAACGCCAUCAUGCCCCUCCGCAGGUGAGGCAGGCACCUGCUGCCUCACUAGACGUGAGCGACUUGGUUGGCACAAGGUCACCCCAAUGUGGCGGCACCAGCCUACUGCAGGAGGUGGUCUACCUGGUCAGCCAGGGGGCCGACCCUGACGAGAUUGGCCUGAUGAACAUUGACGAGCAGCUGCCUGUGCUGGAGUAUCCACAGCCUGGGCUGGAUAUCAUCAAGGAGCUGACAUCCCCCCGCCUCAUCAAGAGCCACCUCCCCUACCGCUUCCUGCCUUCCGACCUGCACAACGGGGACUCCAAGGUCAUCUACAUGGCUCGGAACCCCAAGGACCUGGUGGUGUCCUACUAUCAGUUCCACCGCUCCCUGCGCACCAUGAGCUACCGAGGCACCUUCCAGGAGUUCUGCCGGAGGUUCAUGAACGACAAGCUGGGCUACGGCUCCUGGUUCGAGCACGUGCAGGAGUUCUGGGAGCACCGCAUGGAUGCCAAUGUUCUGUUCCUCAAGUAUGAAGACAUGCACCGGGACCUGGUGAGCAUGGUGGAGCAGCUGGCCAGAUUCCUGGGCGUGGCCUGCGACAAGGCCCAGCUGGAGGCCCUCAUCGAGCACUGCCACCAGCUGGUGGACCAGUGCUGCAAUGCGGAGGCCCUGCCUGUGGGCCGGGGGCGUGUGGGGCUGUGGAAGGACAUCUUCACCGUGUCCAUGAACGAGAAGUUCGACCUGGUGUACAAACAGAAGAUGGGGAAGUGUGACCUCACCUUUGACUUUUAUUUAUAAUCCUGAACCCGCGAACUUGCAUGCUCACCAUACCCAGGCGCUCAGCUAGCUCCACGUCCUGUAUGCAUUCAUCGACUCUUUGCUGGACGCACGGGAGGCCGUGGGGCAGACCUGGCGGAGGGGGAGA